CUAGGAUGAGUCAUUGCCGCUAGCAAUUGCGCACGCUCGCUAGCUCGCUAGUUUGAGCACUCUGGCAUGGCUUAGAUGUACCACAUGUGUGGGACAUUUGGGGUGGCUUUUUAAGCUUAACCCCCAUCCUAGACAUCAGCACUGCACUGAUGAGGCCCAGAAGGCCGAAACAGUACUGUCUGCAGUUAGAUAUAGCUCUUUGGCAUUACAAAGCUUUUGCUUUCAUGUCCAAAUUGAGCACUCUACUAGGAUGAGUCAUUGCCGCUAGCAAUUGCGCACGCUCGCUAGCUCGCUAGUUUGAGCACUCUGGCAUGGCUUAGAUGUACCACAUGUGUGGCACAUUUGGGGUGGCUUUUUAAGCUUAACCCCCACCCUAGACAUCAGCACUGCACUGAUGAGGCCCAGAAGGCCGAAACAGUACUGUCUGCAGUUAUAUAUAUAUAUAUAUAUAGGUUUCCUUUAAAUUCAACUGGAUAUUGAGUUCGUUCAACGCUUGUAGGUCCCCCAUUCGAUUGCCAUGAAAAGGUUAACUGAUUCGACGAUUUUGCUAGCAUUCAUUUUUCCGUCUACUUUGGAGCACACAUCUUGAAUUUUAUCCUUUAUUUGAUCGUAAUCCAAUUUGUGGACCGUUAUAAACAGGUAAAAAAUAUAAUCGAAUUGUGCAUUUUGGGAGUCUAAAGGGUGACCGCAUCCGUUAUAGAGAGGAGACCGUUUUAAACAGAUCAACUUACAGAACAUAUAUGGCAAUAUAUUCGGAGAGUUGUCCAGUAGCCGUAGUAUACUGGGUGACCUCUAAAUACAGGGCUGCUAUAUGCAGGUUUGACCGUAUUUUUUUGUUUUUAACUUUAGGCUACUCAUAAGGGGUAACGCUCUUAUAGUUAUAUUCAACCUUUGGCAAGUAUACUUUACUUCAACUUAAUUUCGAAAUUACUAUUUACACCUUAACAAUUUGGAAGAUCGACGAAGAAAACACCACGUUGCUUGAACUGAGGAAAAAAGCGACGAGUAGAAGAGCCGUGGAAAACGAGGUAUUUUGUUUUAUUUCUAUAAAAUAGCCUUUUGAAUUGUUUUGAUUAAGCGGUCGAAGUGACCUUUGAUAUUACUGAUAUUACAUGGUUGAUUCUAAUAGAAGAGAUUCAACAGCCGAAUACCACUAUUUGUUCCUUUUUGGCGGAGGUUAAUUUACAGUGAAUGGUUAGUUCGUCUUUCUUGCAUCGAAUUAAUUUCGAUUCAACCGAUGAUGGAGCUUGAAAAAGUCACAUAUGAUAUUUCAAGGGUUUGAACUAUUGAUCGAAGUUAAUGUCUUUUUCACAGAAUUGCCCAGUUAAAGUAAAUAUUAGUUCAUAACCAUCACAAAAAAAAACAGUGACCGAAAAAUAAUUUUCUUAAAGAAACUUUGGGCGCUUUCUCUUCAACCAAAAUGUCCACUUUGAAUUUUCGGCAACUUCCAGUAGCAAACGGAAUAGUAUUUUUCAAAACUUCCAAAACCGAGGGACAACCUCGCCAGGUAUACCCAAAUUUUCGAAAAAUUUUUAACGGAAGAUUUCUUUCCAUUCAUUUUUGCUCCCGGGAUUUCCAGGUAGAAUUUUUGGUUGAAUGGUUCCCAUUUCGGACUGAUUCAACAGCUUCCGGUAUUUCCAGAAACUUUUCCGGAAAAUCUCUAUACCAUUUGCCGCUGUUUCCAAAUUUUCGAAAGUUUUGGCUGAAUGUAAAACGCCCUUUGAUUCUCUGUACGAUAAAUUUUAUAGCCGAGAAAAUAAAUGAACUUUUGGCUUACUUCGUGAGCCGCCAAAGUCAAGGCGGAUUGGUCAAAUAUCAGCUCUUGUAGAUUUAUCCGCUUAAGAAAUAAAGUUCAUUGGUAAUACUUCUAUACUUGAGUAUAUAUACUCUAGAAACUUGCUGUCCGAGCUAUAUUAUGAGCUAAUUUAUUUCAAAGCCACAAUCUGGCUCAAGCGAGUAAUAGCGGGAGUUUGUAUUGCUGGGGAUUUGGCUGUGUUAGCAGGGGUCGUCCGAAAGGGGCGAGUUGAUUGCCACAAAAAAUCUUGCGGGCUAUUUUCUUCCUCACAAAGGGUAUAACUUUACAUUAAAAACAUCUUCUAUACCAUAACUUGCUUCAAAAGAGGGUUUGUUUUACAUUUUUUUCUAGGCAUGCCCAGGAAGUAAAGGCAAACAUGGAAAACCCGAACAAACUUCCAUAACAAAUUGGUUGUACAGUAAGUACCUUGGAGAAAAAGCCUUUAAACGCGGUGAUUUUAAAAUAGCCCGGGAUUACUUCGAGAUGACCUUGAAUGAAGCCAGAGAGAUCGGUAAUAAAAACGCAGAAAGAGUUAACCUUGGCAACCUUGGCCUCGCCUAUCACCAUCUGAGUGAUUUCAAAAAAGCAAUCGAGUUUUAUCAGCUGGCUCUAAAAAUCGCAAAAGAUACUGGAAACAAAGAUCAAGAAGGAACUAUAUAUAACAACCUUGGCCUUGCCUAUCAGUCUCUCAGUGAGUUCAAAAAAGCAAUCGAGUUUUAUCAGCUGGCUCUAAAAAUCGCAAAAGAUACUGGAAACAAAGAUCAAGAAGGAACUAUAUAUAACAACCUUGGCCUUGCCUAUCAGUCUCUCAGUGAGUUCAAAAAAGCAAUCGAGUUUUAUCAGCUGGCUCUAAAAAUCGCAAAAGAUACUGGAAACAAAGAUGGAGAAGGAACUAUAUAUAACAACCUUGGCGGUGCCUAUCAGUCUCUCAGUGAGUUCAAAAAAGCAAUCGAGUUUUAUCAGCUGGCUCUAAAAAUCGCAAAAGAUACUGGAAACAAAGAUCACGAAGCAAGUACAUAUAACAACCUUGGCAGUGCCUAUCAGUCUCUCAGUGAGUUCAAAAAAGCAAUCGAGUUUUAUCAGCUGGCUCUAAAAAUCGCAAAAGAUACUGGAAACAAAGAUCACGAAGCAGGUACAUAUAACAACCUUGGCAGUGCCUAUCAGUCUCUCAGUGAGUUCAAAAAAGCAAUCGAGUUUUAUCAACUGGCUCUAAAAAUCGCAAAAGAUACUGGAAACAAAGAUCAAGAAGGAACUAUAUAUAACAACCUUGGCAGUGCCUAUAAGUCUCUCAGUGAGUUCAAAAAAGCAAUCGAGUUUUAUCAGGUGGCUCUAAAAAUCGCAAAAGAUACUGGAAACAAAGAUCAAGAAGCAACUAUAUAUAACAACCUUGGCCUCGCCUAUCAGUCUCUCAGUGAGUUCAAAAAAGCAAUCGAGUUUUAUCAGCUGGCUCUAAAAAUCGCAAAAGAUACUGGAAACAAAGAUCAAGAAGGAACUAUAUAUAACAACCUUGGCAGUGCCUAUAAGUCUCUCAGUGAGUUCAAAAAAGCAAUCGAGUUUUAUCAGCUGGCUCUAAAAAUCGCAAAAGAUACUGGAAACAAAGAUCAAGAAGGAACUACAUAUAACAACCUUGGCAGUGCCUAUGAGUCUCUCAGUGAGUUCAAAAACGCAAUCGAGUUUUAUCAGGUGGCUCUAAAAAUCGCAAAAGAUACUGGAAACAAAGAUCAAGAAGGAACUACAUAUAACAACCUUGGCCUUGCCUAUCAGUCUCUCAGUGAGUUCAAAAAAGCAAUCGAGUUUUAUCAGCUGGCUCUAACUAUCGCAAAAGAUACUGGAAACAAAGAUCAAGAAGCAACUAUAUAUAACAACCUUGGCGGUGCCUAUCAGUCUCUCAGUGAUUUCAACAAAGCAAUCGAGUUUUAUCAGCUAGCUCUACCUAUCGCAAAAGAUACCGGAAACAAAGAUCAAGAAGCAUCUGUAUAUAACAACCUUGGCCGUAACUAUAAGUCUCUCAGCGAUUUGAACAAAGCAAUCGAGUUUUAUCAGCUGGCUCUCAGAAUCGCAAAUAAUACUGGAAACAAAGAUCAAGAAGGAACUACAUAUAACAACCUUGGCAGUGCCUAUGAGUCUCUCAGUGAGUUCAAAAACGCAAUCGAGUUUUAUCAGGUGGCUCUAAAAAUCGCAAAAGAUACUGGAAACAAAGAUCAAGAAGGAACUACAUAUAACAACCUUGGCAGUGCCUAUGAGUCUCUCAGUGAGUUCAAAAAAGCAAUCGAGUUUUAUCAGGUGGCUCUAAAAAUCGCAAAAGAUACUGGAAACAAAGAUGGAGAAGGAACUAGAUAUAACAACCUUGGCAGUGCCUAUAAGUCUCUCAGUGAGUUCAAAAAAGCAAUCGAGUUUUAUCAGCUGGCUCUAAAAAUCGCAAAAGAUACUGGAAACAAAGAUGCAGAAAGAGCUAUAUAUAGCAACCUUAUCAGUGCCUAUCAGUCUCUCAGUGAGUUCAAAAAAGCAAUCGAGUUUUAUCAGCUGGCUCUAAAAAUCGCAAAAGAUACUGGAAACAAAGAUCAAGAAGGAACUACAUAUAACAACCUUGGCAGUGCCUAUCAGUCUCUCAGUGAGUUCAAAAAAGCAAUCGAGUUUUAUCAGCUGGCUCUAAAAAUCGCAAAAGAUACUGGAAACAAAGAUCAAGAAGCAACUACAUAUAACAACCUUGGCAGUGCCUAUGAGUCUCUCAGUGAUUUCAAAAAAGCAAUCGAGUUUUAUCAGCUGGCUCUAAAAAUCGCAAAAGAUACUGGAAACAAAGAUGGAGAAGGAACUAGAUAUAACAACCUUGGCAGUGCCUAUAAGUCUCUCAGUGAGUUCAAAAAAGCAAUCGAGUUUUAUCAGCUGGCUCUAAAAAUCGCAAAAGAUACUGGAAACAAAGAUGGAGAAGGAACUAGAUAUAACAACCUUGGCAGUGCCUAUCAGUCUCUCAGUGAGUUCAAAAAAGCAAUCGAGUUUUAUCAACUGGCUCUAAAAAUCGCAAAAGAUACUGGAAACAAAGAUCAAGAAGGAACUAUAUAUAACAACCUUGGCAGUGCCUAUCAGUCUCUCAGUGAGUUCAAAAAAGCAAUCGAGUUUUAUCAACUGGCUCUAAAAAUCGCAAAAGAUACUGGAAACAAAGAUGGAGAAGGAACUAUAUAUAACAACCUUGGCAGUGCCUAUCAGUCUCUCAGUGAGUUCAAAAAAGCAAUCGAGUUUUAUCAGCUGGCUCUAAAAAUCGCAAAAGAUACUGGAAACAAAGAUGGAGAAGGAAGUAUUUAUAACAACCUUGGCGUCGCCUAUAAUUCUGUUAGUGAUUUCCAAAAAGCAAUGGAGUUUAAUCAGCUGGCUCUAAGAAUCGCAAAAUAUACUGAAAACAAAUAUCAAGCAGCAGCUGUAUAUAACAACCUUGGCGUCGUCAAUCAGUCUCUCGGUAAUUUUAAUAAAGCGAUCGAGCUUUAUGAGCUGAGUCUAAGAACCCAAAAAGAUAUUGGGAAAAAAAGUGGAGUAGGACCUACAUAUAUAAACCUCGGCGAUGUCUAUGGGCGUCUCGGUAAUUCCAAAAGAGCAAUGGAAUUUUAUCAGCUAGCCACAAGUAUAGCAAAGGAGACUGGAAACAAAGAUGAUGAACAAUGCGGAUAUGAUAGACUUGCUCAAGUUCUUUGGUGUGUUGAGGAGUACUCUAAAGCCGAGGAGUGUUUUAAAUCCUGUAUUGAACUGGUAGAGGAAAUGAGAGUCCUUCUUGAAGGAAACGACGAGUGGAAAAUCAGCUUUCGGAAUGAACGUGAUUGCGUUAGUCGUUUAGUGAGACUACAGUUACAACAACGCACUGAACGUAAGACACUCGAGGCGCUUUUAACAGCUGAGAGGGGACGAGCAGAAGCUCUUAUGGACCUCUUGGAAUCGCAAUAUGGUGUCAGGAAAUCGAUUCGUUCACAGCCGAAACAGCAGAUGGAACUUAUCAUUUCAAACCAUAUUUCGUCACCCACGUUAUUUCUAAUGAAUGAUACCCAGUCAGUGAAUAUCUGGAUGCUGUUAAAGUGGGGAAAGCUUUGUAACUUUGUGCAACAGGAAGUUAGCAGUGAUGACUUGACAUCAAUGACUUACCAAACAUACAAACAGAUUGGUGUGAAGAAAGGCCUGUGGAAAAAGAUUCGCCCCCAGCUGCAGAGAGAGAUCGAAGACCAGGGUGGUGCUUUAAAAGUAUUAUACGACAUAUUCAUCGCUCCAAUUUCACACUCGAUAGGUGACGAACUCGUCAUUGUCCCUGACGGUUCAUCGUUCUUGAUUCCUUAUGCUGCCCUCGUGGACCAAACCUCCAGGUAUUUAAAUGAAACGUGUAGAAUUAGAUUGAUUCCAUCACUGACAAGCUUAUGGCUGCUGGCAGAAUGUCCGGAAGACCGCCAUAGUUCAUCCGAGGCUCUACUUGUUGGCAACCCGUGGGUGGAAACUGCACGCAUCAAAGGCUGCAAACCGUUUCCGCAGCUUCCAGGUGCUGAGGAAGAGGUAAAAAUGAUUGGGCAAAUUCUAAACAUCCAGCCUCUCACCGGAAAGAAAGCUACAAAAGAUCGGGUUUUAAGCCGGCUCAACUCAGUUUCGUUAGUGCACAUAGCAGCUCAUGGUCGUACAGAAACCGGAGAAAUCAUUUUGUCUCCUAAUUUUCCUAGUAGUGACAAAAGACCUAAAGAGAAAGACUUUCUUUUGACGAUGGCAGAUGUGUUGGAUGCAAAAGUGCACGCCAAGCUUGUUGUCUUAAGCUGUUGCAACAGUGGGCGAGGAAAGAUCAAAGUCGAAGGCGUGGUUGGUAUUGCACGUGCCUUUUUAGGAGCGGGUGCGCGUUCUGUUAUUGCGACCCUGUGGGCGAUUGACGAUGAAGCCACUCUUGCGUUUAUGAGACACUUUUACGAUCAUUUAGUAGCAGGGCAAAGUGCAAGUAAAUCGCUUCAUCAGGCCAUGAAAAGGAUGCGGGACUCGGAAAAAUUCAAUGACGUGAAGCACUGGGCUCCAUUCGUGCUGAUCGGUGAUGACGUGACAUUGAAUUUUGGCCAAUGA